AAAUCCUUUUAUCGCCAAGACCAUCAACUAGCAGCCCCGCCACUUCUUGCUUCGGAGCACAAUUGAAGAUUGCCGUCUCUCGGCUUCCUGAACACCCAUCGUCGCCAUGGAAGGCGCCUUUACUCAUCUCGGGAACCAUUUGAUUUCCGAUUCCGCCUCGGCCAUUAACGCCGGCGAUGACCUUUCCACCAUCGAUGCCGACGAGGCUGCCCUGGACCGCGAAUACCAGAACAGGAACCUGAACCAGCCUCCCCAGGCCCGCCCUCGCCGACGCAGAGCCCGCGACAACGACGACGAGUCCGACAUCUUCCCCGAUGAAGACGAUGAUGCGGACAGCCUAGCCAGCCACCAGGUCAACGGUCAGAAUGGUCACCACCACCAGGAUGAAGAGCACGACAUUGAGCUACCUACACACGCUUGCGCCUACUGCGGCAUCCACAACGAGAGCAGUGUCGCCAAGUGUCUGUCUUGCAACAAGUGGUUCUGUAGCGCUCGUGGUAACACCUCGUCCUCGCACAUCAUCAACCACCUCGUGCGCGCCCGUCACAAGGAAGUCCAGCUUCACCCUGCCUCCGCCCUCGGCGACACCGUCCUCGAAUGUUACAACUGCGGAACCAAGAAUGUCUUCCUCCUCGGUUUCAUCCCCGCAAAGUCCGACACAGUUGUCGUUCUUCUCUGCCGUCAGCCAUGCGCCGCCAUGCCCUCGUCCAAGGACAUGAACUGGGAUACUUCGCGCUGGCAGCCGCUGAUUGAGGAUCGCUCUUUCCUCCCCUGGCUUGUCGGACCUCCUACGGACCAAGAGCAAAUGCGCGCUCGUCACCUGCCGCCCCAGAUGAUCGCAAAGUUGGAAGAGCUGUGGAAGGACAACCAACAGGCCACAAUUGCCGAUCUUGAAAAGGGUGUUGGUGUUGACGAUGAGCCCGCCCCUGUGCUUCUGCGCUACGACGAUGCCUACCAGUACCAGAACGUCUUCGGCCCUCUGGUCAAGAUCGAAGCCGACUACGACCGCAAACUCAAAGAGUCGCAAUCACAGGAUGGGCUUAUCGUGCGCUGGGACUUUGCCCUCAACAACAAGCAUCUCGCUAGCUUUGUCUUGCCCAAGCUCGAGAUGGGCGACGUCAAGUUGGCUGUUGGAGACGAAAUGCGCCUACGCUACACUGGAGAGUUAAGGCCACACUGGGAGGGCGUUGGAUAUGUUAUUAAGAUUCCUAACAACCAGUCCGACGAGGUUACGAUCGAGUUGCGCUCGAAGGGAGACCACAAGUCUGUUCCUACCGAGUGCACACACAACUUCAGCGCCGACUACGUCUGGAAAGCCACUUCUUUCGACCGCAUGCAACACGCCAUGAAGACCUUCGCCAUUGAUGAGAUGAGUGUGUCGGGUUACAUCUUCCAUCGCCUUCUUGGACACGAGGUUGCUGCUGCUCCCAUGAAGACCCAGCUCCCUCGCAAGUUCAGCGUUCCUGGUCUGCCCGAGCUCAACAGCAGUCAGAUCAAUGCUGUUAAGAGCGUUCUUCAGAAGCCUCUCAGCUUGAUUCAGGGUCCCCCUGGUACAGGAAAGACUGUCACCUCUGCCACCAUCAUCUACCACUUGGCCAAGCUUAACGGCGGUCAGGUCCUUGUCUGUGCUCCCUCCAACGUCGCCGUCGACCAGCUGUGCGAGCGUAUUCACCGUACUGGCCUCAAGACUGUUCGUGUCACUGCUAAGUCAAGAGAGGAUGUCGAGUCACCCGUGGGUUUCUUGUCUCUUCACGAGCAGGUCCGCAUGACGUGAAAUUCUCUCCAACGCCGAUGUUAUUUGUUGUACUUGCGUCGGUGCUGGUGACCCUCGCCUUGCUAAGCUCAAGUUCCGAACUGUCCUCAUCGACGAGUCUACUCAAUCUGCUGAGCCAGAGUGUAUGAUUCCCCUAGUCUUGGGUUGCAAGCAGGUCGUCCUGGUCGGUGAUCACCAGCAGCUGGGCCCUGUCAUCAUGAACAAGCAAGCUGCCAAGGCUGGU